AUGCCGCUCGUGACUCGGAAGGGGGUGUACCCUUACGAGUACACGGAUAGUUGGGAGCGGCUGAAGGAAACAAGAUUACCGAGGAAGAGAGACUUUUACAGCACGUUGAUGGAGACUGGUAUAAAGGAGGAAGAAUUUGAACACGCGAAGGACGUCUGGGACCACUUUGAUUGUGAAAUGCUCGGGGAUUAUAGCGACCUCUACCUAAAAAUCGAUGUUUUACUACUGGCAGACGUUUUCGAAAACUUUCGUGACGUAUGCAUGAGGGCGUACAACCUGGACGCUGCUCACUAUUAUACUGCUCCCGGCUUAAGUUUUGACGCUAUGCUAAAGUUCACGAGUCAAAAGUUACAGUUGCUACACGAUUAUGACAUGUUGCUAAUGUUUGAAAAUGGUAUACGUGGUGGAUUGGUGCAGACGAGUAAACGGUACGCGAAGGCGAACAACGAGAAGACCCCGGGGUAUGAUGAGGUGAAAGAGAAAUCGUGGAUUAUUUAUCAGGACUGCAACAACUUGUAUGGAUGGGCCAUGUCGCAGUACAUGCCAUACGGUGGGUUCAACUGGGUUGAGCCCACUUUGAACGGAUUAGAUGAUUUAGAAGAUACAUCAGCCAUAAGACGUGUAUAUGAGGUGGAUGUGUCAUGA